AUGGCAUCCUCGUCCACCCCCAAGACGCCGCUGUACUAUGCCUGCAUAGCCCACAACACAACCAUCCUCUCGGAAUGCACCACCAGCGCCUCCUCGCAGACCUCGUCGCUGUCCUCGCUGGUGCUGCCCAAGAUCACCCACGACAGCCCACAGAAGAUGACCUUCACCCAUGGUUCCUAUCACAUCCACUACAUGUCCGAGGCGCCGUCGGCCCACCCGGCCAACGCCUCGGCCGGCGGGCUGACGUUCCUGGUCAUCGCCGACUCGGCGCUGGGCCGCCGCAUCAGCUUCGGCUUCCUGGUCGAGAUCCGGCGGCGCUUCCUCGAGGCCCUGCCCGACGCCGACUUUGCCGACAUGCCCAACUACGGCGCGGGCAGCUUCAACGCCGAGCUCAAGCGCCUCAUGGUCGACUACGGCACCACCAGCGGCGGCCGCGAGGACGCCAUCUCCAACGUCCAGCGCGAGAUGGACGACGUCCGCGGCAUCAUGACCCGCAACAUCGAGGGCCUGCUCGAGCGCGGCGAGCGCAUCGACCUGCUGGUCGACAAGACGGACCGCCUCGGCGGCAGCGCCCGCGAGUUCCGCGUCCGCAGCCGCGGGCUCAAGCGCCAGAUGUGGUGGAAGAACGUCAAGCUGAUGGCCCUGCUGAUCCUGGUCCUGACCCUGAUCAUCGUGGCCAUUGUCAUCGCCGUCAAGAAUGCGGCGAGCUGA